CAAUGAUUAUAGAAAGUUUAUCUAAACCGCAGCUUCUUUUUUUGUUUCGAAAACAUUUCAUUACCUAUCCGUAUUAUUGUGCUAAAAUGGAGGAUAUUUGUAUGGUCGUUCGAACCAGUCGAGAGGAAGAAUGCAUAAGGGGAAAAUUGGAAGUUUAACUAGAACAGAAGGAGGGGGAAGAAGAAAGAGCUGUACAUACAUCAUCCUCUUUGUCUUCUUCUCGAUUCUUUGUUCCCUUUAAGUUAUCCUUAAAUUACAAAACAUUUCCAUCAUUUUUGUGAUAGUCUAAUCGUAAAUUCCAACAAUAUCAGUUGUGGGGCAGCUAUAAUCAUAGAUAUAACGGUAAAGAGAAGAUCUCAGGGGGGUUCCACGGUUAAAGUGAACCAACUGCUUCUGGCAAAGCAAAAGAUUUGUAUACUCAUUAUAAACUCAUCGACUCUAGAUUCUUGAUCCACCAUUGAAAUGUUAAAGCUGCCACCCUUCUGAAUAACUGAAAAAGAAAAUAUUUUUAUCCAUAUUUAAUUGUGACAAGCCUGAAAACUAACUUCAUGGCACCAAGUAAACUUAGAAAAGCAAUUGGGGCUGUCAAGGACCAAACAACCAUAAGUCUGGCUAAGGUAGGCGGCAGCAAUAGCUUGUCCGACCUAGAAGUUGCCAUUGUUAAGGCCACUAGACACCAAGAGUACCCGCCUGAGGAGAGGCACAUUCGAGAGAUUCUAAGCUUGACUGCUUAUUCUCGGGCCAAUAUUGGUGCUUGUGUCGACAACAUUUCAAGACGUCUUGGCAAGACCAAGAACUGGGUUGUGGCGCUCAAGUCAGUAAUGUUGAUCCAUAGAUUGCUCUCUGAUGGUGAUCCCUCUUAUGAGCAGGAGAUUUUCUUUGCCACGAGACAAGGAACCAGGCUUCUUAACAUGUCUGAGUUUCGAGAUUCCAGAUCCAAUUCAUGGGACUAUUCCGCACUUGUCCGAACCUAUUCUUUGUACCUUGACGAACAGCUUGAGUAUAGGAUGCAGAGCCGCCGGGGAAAGCGCAGUGCCUAUGCUUAUGACGAAGAUUUAGAUGGUGUUGGUACUGAUGUUGUCAUGGUGAAACCCACACCCUUGAGCGAAAUGAAGAAUGAUGACAUUUUCUCAAGGAUCCAAUAUCUUAUCCAACUUCUUGAGCGAUUCCUAGCUUGUAGACCCGCAGGUUUAGCAAGGACCAACAGAACUGUGUUCGUGGCUCUAUAUCCACUUGUGAAGGAGAGUUUCCAGAUAUACUACGAAAUAACAGAAAUAAUAAGUAUCUUGAUUAAUAAGUUCCAUGAACUAUCAAUCCCCGACUCUGUGAAGGUUCAUGAAAUCUUCUGCCGUAUUAACAAGCAAUAUGAUGAGCUCGAACAAUUCUAUAAUUGGUGUAGAAUGGUUGGAAUUGGACGCACUUCUGAAUAUCCAGACAUUGAGAACAUUCCACAAAAGAAACUUGACCUUAUUGAUGAAUUCAUACGAGAGAAAUCCAUAGCGGGGCAGAAUGGGAAUGCGAUGCGUUAUGAACCAAAAAGUGAGCAGGUUGAAAAAACUCCAGAGCUAGAAUCAGAGCCAGAACCAGAGCCAGAACAGGAGAUGAAUGCAAUUAAGUCAUUACCACCACCAGAGGGAAUUCCUGAAGAAAUAAAGCAAGAGAAACAUGAAGAAGAAGAAAAGAAAGAGAUGGUGAAAGCCCAAGACAUAGCCGACUUGUUGAACAUAGGUGAUGAUGCACCAACUAUGGAAGAACAUGGAGAUCAAUUGGCGGUAGCACUCUUUGAUGGUGAUCCAACAAAUGCUGCUCCUUCAACAACCACUUCACCAUGGGAAGCGUUCAAAGAUUCAAGUGAUUGGGAAACCACACUGGUUCAGCACACGAGCCAUUUGUCAAAUCAGAAGGCUUCCCUUCCUGGAGGGUUCAACACGUUAAUUCUAGAUGGAAUGUAUCAACAAGGAGCAGUAGCUAAGGUGGUAGCCAGCUCAGGUGUUGUAGCUACUGGAAGUGCUAGCAGUGCCGCGCUGGGAUCAGCCGGUCGGCCGGCAAUGCUGUCCUUGCCGGCACCUCCAUCAGCCGAUGGCGGAGCUCACACAGCCAGGACAAACACUGACCCUUUUGCAGCAUCACUAGUAAUAGCUCCACCAUCAUAUGUUCAGAUGUCAGAAAUGGAAAAGAAGCAGAGACUAUUAAUAGAUGAGCAGUUAAUGUGGCAACAAUAUCAAAGGGAUGGAAUGCAAGGACAAGUAGGAUUAGCAAGUGCACAGUCAAACCCGUAUGCCUACAACACGGGAGGUUACACAAAAACCUUUUAGUGGUUCUGUUAAUUAGAUACAGAAUAACUAUAUGUGGUCUCAAAUAUUCAGUAAGAAAGCAAAAUUCGUGAAGCUGCAAGGAGUAAAAGAGGCCUUUGGGAUGAAGGAAUGGUGAAAGCUAUGCAAGUUCACAUUUAAUCAAUGCCUUAUUUGCCUGCUCCAGUACUAGUUAGGGAAUUUAGUUACAAUUUUCUUUUGUCAGCUGCAGAACUACGUGUUAGAGAAGUUCAAAUCAGAGUACAGAAUGUAAUAAAUUGCAGUCCUCCUUUACCUUUCUGCCGUCAGCUCGGAAGAAACUAUUCAAGCAUACAGUGUAUCAUAAAAAAAUAAGUAAAUCUUAAUCAUAACAAUCACUCUCAGCAAAUGCUAACAUUAUAGAGGUUAGUAAAUUUGAAAGGUA